UACCAACAGUGUUACCGCAUUUCCUGUGACACGCAAGUCCGAUAUAGAAGUCACAUAAACGCGACGUCAAGUUAAAAUAUUAAAAAUGCAGCUGCAAUGCACUUGAUGAAGUCUAGUUUGCCAGUCUAGUGCCAAAACCCAUCCAGUCUGGUGCCAAGAUCCGUGGAGUACCGACGCCAUUACUGGUUUUCCCGCGCUUUCUUUUCCCGCCAAAAGCGGGCGCGUUCCGAAGUUAAAACCGAACACAUCCAUGAGGAUUUAUUUUGUGAACUCACUGUAUUUGGAAUAUUUUUAUAGCGAUUAUUAAAGAAUAUUAGAUCGGUUGACCCGAGAAUGAAACGAGAUGAUUCAUCAAAAAGCGUCGGGUCCCGUCAGCAGACGCGCCGCCUGAGCGAGCAGCGGCUGCCUCUAGCGCUUGGUUGGCGGCAAAAUUCGCUUACUAUCUCCGCGGUUGCACAACAAUCCGCUUACUUAACCGAAAAAGCGCUCAACGCUGAAGCUGAAUCUGAAGAAUCCUUUUUACCCCCUGUUUCUUGGUAUAGAUUAUAUAGAUUCGCGAAGUCAUGGGAGGUGCUGAUGCUUAUCCUGGCUUUAGUGCUGGCCACUAUAAACGGGCUGUUUGUGCCGAUCGGCGUGAUCAUCUAUGGAGAGUUUACAUCGCUACUGAUAGAUCGUACCGUCAUGAUCGGCACUUCGACUCCUACGAUCACUAUUGCGAUAUUCGGUGGCGGCAGGUCAUUGACCAACGCAACGAGAGAAGAGAACAGGAAAGCGCUGAUUGAAGAUUCAAUAGCAUUCGGUAUCGGAUGCACGAUAUUUUCUGUGCUACAAUUCAUUGCCGCUGCGAUUAGCGUCGAUUUAUUCAACUAUGCCGCACUUCAACAGAUUGACAGGAUUAAAGAAAGAUUUCUACGCUCUGUGCUGCGGCAGGACAUAUCGUGGUAUGACCUCAACACUACGAUGAACUUUGCCACCAAAGUUUCAGACGACGUUGAGAAGUACCGCGAGGGUAUCAGCGAGAAGGUGCCGAUCCUCGUGUACUUGGUGAUGUCAUUCGUGACGUCAGUCAUCAUCGCGUUCAUCUACGGCUGGGAGCUGACCCUGGUUAUCCUGUCCUGUGCUCCAGUCAUCAUAGCUACUACGGCCGUGGUCGCUAAGGUUCAAUCGUCGUUAACAACGCAAGAGCUGAAGGCAUACAGCAUAGCUGGUGUUGUGGCGGAGGAAGUGUUGUCAUCCAUACGCACCGUGGUCGCUUUUGGAGGUGAAGAAAAAGAAAUACAAAGGUACAGCAUACGCUUGAGUCCAGCAAAAAGAACAGGGAGCCGGAAGGGGAUGUUCUCAGGGUUCGGCAGCGGUUUUAUGUGGUUCAUCAUCUACUGCACGUACGCCCUGGCCUUCUGGUACGGAGUCAGCCUCAUCCUCGACAGCAGGCAUGAAGCGAACCCAGUGUAUACGCCGGCUACCCUUAUGAUCGUUUUCUUCAGUGUGCUUCAAGGCGCACAAAACGUGGGGCUGACGUCACCUCACUUAGAAGCAGUGACGGCGGCGCGCGCCUCCGCCGCCUCAAUAUUUGCCGUCCUCGACAGAAAACCUGAAAUCGACAGCCUUUCCAAUGAAGGCGUCAAACCAGUCUUACAUGGAGACAUGGAGCUGAAAGACGUGUUCUUUAGAUACCCAGCGAGACCUGAUGUUCAGGUCCUAAACGGCUUGAACUUAAAAAUAAAGAACAACGAAACAGUAGCGCUGGUUGGGGCGAGUGGAUGCGGCAAGUCUACCGUACUCCAGCUCCUGCAAAGAAUGUACGACCCAGAGCAGGGGGAGGUCUUGGCAUCAGGCCACGAUCUGAAGACAAUGAAUGUGCGACACUGGCGCCAGCACAUUGCCGUGGUUGGACAAGAACCGGUGCUAUUCGCUGGCAGCAUCAAAGAUAAUAUUCGCAUGAGUAAUCCUUCGUGUACAGACGAGGAAAUAAUUGUAGCAGCAAAACAGGCGUACUGCCACAAUUUUAUUAAAAAUCUACCUGAAGAGUACAAUACAAUGAUAGGCGAGCGCGGUGCCCAACUAUCUGGAGGGCAGAAACAACGCAUAGCCAUCGCACGAGCGCUUGUUCGAAAGCCAAAGAUCCUGAUUCUAGACGAAGCCACAUCAGCUUUGGACUCCCAAAGCGAAGCCAAAGUCCAAAGGGCUUUGGACGCUGCAGCCCAGAACAGGACCACCGUUAUGGUGAGCCACAGAUUGGCAACGGUUUUGAACGCUGACCGUAUAGUUCUGAUAGACAAAGGUGAGGUGGUAGAACAGGGUACACACGAGGAGCUGAUCAACCAGAAGGGUCGGUAUUACCAGCUUGUGCUGGAAAAUGAACCCAGUAUAGCCCCCGAAACAGGAGGCACUGCUGGUACUGAGAACAAGGAGUCAAAACCUAAACGUUUAAGACUCAACCGACCCCCACUAUCAAAACUGGCAUCUGUUGAAUCAGUGAAGAGCGCGGAAUCUGAAUCUGAAUCCGAGGACGAAAUGGAAAUACCAGAGCGCAAAGAGUUUGUAAUCAAACCGACUACAUGGCAGAUUAUGAAAUUGUGUGAACCUGAGAAAUGGUUGAUGGUUCUUGGAGUCAUUGCUGCCAUCUGUGUGGGGUCCACAUUCCCUAUGUUCGCUGUUUUGUUUGGCGAGACUUAUGGUUUAUUCGAAAGCUCGGACGAGAACUGGGUGCGAUCUGAGACGAAUAUAAUCGCGAUACUGUUCCUACUGGUCGGCGUGUUGACGGGCAUAGGUAUCUUCGUGCAAAUCUACAUCUUUAACCUCACUGGUGUCAGGCUCACGGCUAGACUCAGGGUGGCAGCUUUCCGAGCGAUGCUGAAACAGGAGAUAGGAUGGUUCGACGAUCCUUUCAACGGCGUAGGCGCAUUGUGUUCGCGGCUCGCCGCCGACGCCGCAGCUGUUCAAGGAGCUACAGGCACGCGCAUCGGAGCUCUGAUGCAAGCAACAGCUACCAUUCUGAUUGGCAUUACUCUCUCCAUGUACUACACGUGGCAAAUGACGUUGGUAUCUCUGAUAUCAGUCCCCAUGGUCAUCGGGGCAGUGGUGCUGGAAGGGCGGGUGCUGGCUGGUGGCUUGGAGACCGUCAGACUCGCCAGUGACAGAGCGAACACCAUCGCCACUGAAGCUAUCACCAAUAUAAGGACUGUAAGCAGUUUCUGUGGUGAAAUGGGGGCGCUCGAGAGGUACACAAAAGCAGGAUCGGUAGCGAAGAAAAUCGCGCGCAAGAACUUGCGCUGGCGCGGGUGUGUGUUUGCGUUCGGUCAGACGGCGCCGGUCGCUGGGUAUGCGCUCGCGCUGUGGUACGGAGGCGUGCUCGUCGCGAACGGAGAGGUGCCUUAUAAAGACGUUAUUAAAGUAUCGGAAGCAUUGAUCUUCGGUGCUUGGAUGAUGGGCCAGGCGCUGGCUUUCGCUCCCAACUUCGGCGCGGCGAUAUCAGCAGCCGGUAGGGUGCUGACCCUUCUGCAACGGAAACCCAAAGUCGAGAGCACGACAACACCAGGCGUCGCUGAGAAUUAUGUGGCGUCAGGGAAGAUAAUGUACAAGAACAUAAGGUUCCGCUAUCCGACGCGGCGCGCGGUGCAGGUGUUGACGGGGCUGUCCCUGACCGUGGAGACGGGGCAGCGAGUGGCGCUGGUGGGGCCCAGCGGCUGCGGCAAGUCCACCCUCAUACAGCUGCUGCAGCGGCUUUAUGACCCUGAUGAAGGCUCCGUGUACUUGGACGGAUACAACAUAGUGUCGGACAUGCGCCUGUCCACCCUGCGUGGGAACCUGGGCAUAGUCUCGCAGGAGCCGGUGCUGUUCGACCGGAGUAUAAAGGAGAACAUUGCCUACGGUGACAACAAGCGGUUGGUGCCCAUUGAAGAAAUCGUGACGGCGGCUAAAGCGGCCAAUGUGCACGGAUUCAUUGCUGCGUUGCCAGAAGGUUACGAGACGCGUAUAGGCGCCCGCGCAUCCCAACUGUCGGGCGGACAGAAACAACGGAUAGCCAUCGCUCGAGCGUUGGUCAGGAACCCUCGAGUACUGCUACUGGAUGAAGCGACCAGCGCGCUCGACACUCAUAGUGAAAAGGUAGUUCAAGAAGCGUUAGACCGGGCGAGCGAGGGCCGCACGUGUCUGAUCAUCGCCCACAGGCUCGCCACCAUACAGAACGCAGACAGAAUAUGUGUCCUGGACGGCGGGGUCAUUAAGGAGAGCGGUACACAUAAAGAGUUGAUCAAACUGAAAGGAAUAUAUGCGAGGCUUUACGAACUGCAGUGCGGCGUGAUGGAGGAAGACGAGGACCGUGGGGAUCCGGACGUGCCACCGCCGCCGGCUGAUACAGCUGCCGCCUAA